UUUCUGUUUUGUGUUGUAGCAUUUGUUCUGGAAGCUCGUAUUUACAUUUUAAGUGUAUCUGGUGAGUGGGCUGGAGCCCUCGUCUGGGCUGGGGAGAAAAAAAAAGCCCUCGUUUCGUCAUUUAGUCGCUUCUCUUCCUUUUUCUCUCCGGUUUCUCAUCACUCCAAGCAGCGCGACCAUGCCCAGGAAGAAGGCGGCGGCGGCUUGGGAGGAGCCGAGCUCGGGCAACGGCACGGCCCGUGCCGGGCCCAGGAAGCGCGGCGGCCCGGCCGGCAGGAAGCGCGAGCGGCCCGAGCGCUGCAGUAGUAGCAGCGGCGGCGGCAGCAGUGGCGACGAGGAUGGCCUGGAGCUCGACGGGGCCCCCGGUGGGGGCAAGCGCGCGGCGCGGCCGGCGGCGGCCAAGUCGGGCGGCGCGGCUGUGGUCAUCACCGAGCCGGAACACACCAAGGAGCGCGUUAAACUUGAAGGGUCUAAGUGCAAAGGGCAGCUUUUGAUUUUUGGGGCAACCAACUGGGACUUGAUUGGUCGAAAAGAAGUGCCUAAACAACAAGCUGCUUACCGCAAUCUCGGUCAGAAUUUGUGGGGGCCCCACAGGUAUGGGUGCCUUUCGGGGGUCCGGGUGCGGACAGUGGUUUCGGGGUCGUGCGCUGCCCACAGCCUCCUCAUCACCACGGAAGGGAAGCUGUGGAGCUGGGGGCGGAAUGAGAAGGGGCAGCUGGGACACGGCGACACCAAGAGAGUUGAAGCCCCCCGACUCAUCGAGGGUCUCAGCCACGAGGUGAUCGUGUCCGCGGCGUGUGGGCGGAACCACACCUUGGCCUUGACGGAAACGGGCUCCGUAUUCGCGUUUGGGGAGAACAAGAUGGGGCAGCUGGGCCUCGGCAACCAGACGGACGCUGUUCCCAGCCCCGCGCAGAUAAUGUACAACGGCCAGCCAAUUACCAAAAUGGCCUGUGGGGCUGAAUUCAGUAUGAUAAUGGACUGCAAAGGAAACCUCUACUCCUUUGGGUGCCCUGAAUAUGGUCAGCUGGGACACAACUCGGACGGGAAGUUCAUCGCCCGGGCGCAGCGGAUAGAAUACGACUGCGAGCUGGUGCCCCGGCGAGUGGCCAUCUUCAUCGAGAAGACAAAGGACGGCCAGAUCCUGCCCGUCCCCAAUGUGGUGGUCCGGGAUGUGGCCUGUGGCGCCAACCACACGCUGGUCCUGGACUCCCAGAAGCGUGUCUUCUCCUGGGGCUUCGGUGGCUACGGCCGACUGGGCCAUGCUGAGCAGAAGGAUGAGAUGGUCCCCCGCCUGGUGAAGUUGUUCGACUUCCCUGGGCGCGGGGCGUCCCAGAUAUAUGCCGGCUAUACCUGCUCCUUUGCCGUCAGUGAAGUGGGUGGUCUGUUUUUCUGGGGGGCCACCAACACGUCCCGAGAGUCUACCAUGUACCCGAAGGCUGUGCAGGACCUCUGCGGCUGGAGAAUCCGGAGCCUGGCUUGCGGGAAGAGCAGCAUCAUCGUGGCUGCGGACGAGAGCACGAUCAGCUGGGGCCCGUCGCCCACCUUUGGGGAGCUGGGCUACGGGGAUCACAAGCCCAAGUCUUCCACGGCGGCUCAGGAGGUGAAGACACUGGACGGCAUUUUCACAGAGCAGGUGGCCAUGGGUUACUCACACUCCUUGGUGAUAGCGAGAGACGAAAGUGAGACGGAGAAGGAGAAGAUCAAGAAACUGCCAGAGUACAACCCCCGGACCCUCUGACUCUCCUGGAGCCUGCAACUCCACACCUCUCGCGGCAGCUGUCAUUUCCACGUGCACUGGGACGGGAAGUUGAACGAGGAAUUUUAAAAAGCAAAAGUUGACCGAAGGUGCAUUUUUGUUAGACUCCCUGAGGUUCCGUUUUAUAAGUGAUUCAACGUCAACUACCUUUUCUGUAUGCUUUCCAAAGUGGUUUUUUUCCCCCUCUUAAUGUUUAAUUAAAAUAUUUGCUCAGAGUUGAUUUACCAUUCCUACAAAAGAGGCAGAAACUUUGAGCAAUCUAGAUUUUUUUUAAGUUGUUUUUCUUUCCUCCCCCCCUGCCCCCUCCUAAAUAUACUUCUCUAAACACCCCCUUUUCCGGUUGUGAUAAGCAUUGUGAUCUGAGUGGGUGCUGCCUGGGAGAGCAGUCACCACGUACUCAGAAAAAAAUGUCCCUUGUGGGAGCCGGCAGCAUCCAUGCAGAGACGGUCCCUGGUGGUCGAUCUCCAUCCAGAAUUACACCUGCGUGCUUGGAAGCAUCUGGGUCACUUCCUUCUUGCUUUUCCUUCUAGACCGGCCGAGGCCGCGUGCGUUCCGCUUCUCCCCUUGGCUGCUUGUAAGCCCCACCGCCUUUUGGCUGCAACAUUAAUAGAAUCCGCCGUUUCCCCCCUGGUGGGGGCUCUCGGAUCUGUGUUUAGCCAUUUCUAUCUACUUUAGCUGUAAAAGAAGUCCAAAUGAAAAUCAGGUGACCGUGGAACCAGUGAGGACUUGGGGGUGGGCAGAUGUGGGGACAAUGUAUCUGGUUCAAGAUCUGGCUUGAAGGCUCCUUUGGUGAGCCGGGGCCGCCUCGCCAGCACUCGCCGUUAGAGAUUGAUCAGCCAGCAGUGAAAAGUGCAUUCUGGAAUCCUUGCAAAGAAGGAUCAGCCCUUUGUGUACCAGCCCCUGUUGCCUCUGUGCUUCUGUCUGUAUUCCGACCCCCUCCCCCAGCCGGAUCCUGCUGGAACGGGCGCAGUCUGUUCCUGAGGCUCAGGGUCCCGCUCGGCCAACCCAGCUCUGUAGUCGCGUGCGCUCGGCUGAGGUACCAAAUAGCUGGGACGAUGGAAGAAGCCCCUCAUCCCCGCGUGUCAGCGCAGAGGCUGCGACUGCCACCCGCCUCCCCGCCACGUGCCCUCCGCCAGAGCCCGUCAGCGGCGUUGCGCUGCUCUGCGUGAGUUACGAGGUGCCUUGCCCGGAACCCUCCUCUCGCUUGGACCCAAGAGAGGCGACAGCUCUGGCUGGGGCUCUUGGUUUCGAGAGGGUCUGGACUGGUUUGGGUGCUUUAAAAUAGAUUUUUUAGUUCAGUGGUGCUUACGGGGGAGAUGGGGAUAGAACUCCAGUGUGAGACUUGGGUGGAUGGGAAAGUUAAAUAACUGGUCUUUUUUAUUUUUUUGCUUUGCUGUUGUUACCACGUGUCAUUGUCUUGAUGUUAAAAUGCCAAAAACGAUCUAGUUGUUGUUGCAUUUUUCCCUACUCGGCCCCCCUGUCGUUCCUGCCUGGCUCCUGCCUUUGCAGGUUGUAUAACAGUGUCUGUCCUGGCCGGGAAGAGGCUGGCCUGCAUCUUUCUAAGAUUUAGUCUGACUUCAUGCUCGUCUCUACUGUCCUGUGUUAAUAGUCCAGGGGAGAAGCUUCUGCAACUUCAGAGCUUCUGCUAAACUAACCUACCUUGUCCAAGUCACCCCAGAACCACCAUCCCUGUCUCAAGCUUCCCUGUGUUGAGCCCAUCAGUUUCCCCGGACAGGUCUCUUACCCGGAAUGGGCUUAGGUGCAAAGCACUCUUUGUGCCUGCCCAGCCUCCCUGCGGGAGCGGUAGCCUGGGUCCUGGCCUUCGCAGGAACUGCCCUUGGCCAAGCGGGACUUUGAUCUUCAAGUAGACUCAUCUGAAGCCCAGCACCCACCUGCUUUAGGACCCCCUUGUCCUGGGACUGGAGUGGGAAGGGGACGGCCCUUCCGAGUGGAGACUGCCCUGUGCUCUCCCACAAUCACUCCUUUGGGCUAAGGCUUUUAAAAUAAACUUCCUAAUGGGGGGGAAGUCCUUUAGAACAAGGAGUUGUGGGAGACGGUCCUGCACUCCAAGAGGAGGGGAGGCAGUGACCCUGGCCAGGGGUGUGCUUUGCAGUGACCCUCUGGGCACCUGACCUGUCUUCCAGCUCAGGAAGGAGACUGUGGUAGAAGAGGCUUAAAGAGAAGGGGAGAAUCCAAGAAGAGGUUGUGAUUUGGUCGAAGGUGCCUGGUUUAGUGCUGUAAUUGUCUUUUUAUAUAUAUAUAUAUUUCUGGGAGUAAACAUUUUAAAUAAACGACAUCAUUGUUUACUCUG